CUCACGUCCCGUUCCCAGGACAAAUUCUUACACACACGUUCUCCCGUCAUGCACGCAGAAGCAAUUAACGUGAAUGACUAUUCGGCUGCCCUUCUACAUCCAGCUUAACUUCACACGUAAAAGUGAAGUGUGAUAAGAUUUAAAGUAGCGCUAGAGUCCGCCGGGACAGAGGGAGGAUCCGGGGAGCGGAACCAGAGAGCGGCACCGACCAGUCCUCAGCUCGCAUCUGGCAACAGCUCUAGCUCCAACACUGAGCAUCAUGUUCACUGAGGUGCUGGUUGCCCUGGUGAUUGGAGGGCUGAUCUUCUUCCUGGUUCAGAGAAGCAUGACCCAGGUUCUGAAGACAGAAGAUGGCUGGUGGGGGGCUGGAGCCCCCCCUAAUGGUGAGGAGGAUGUCACCAUCCAUGCCUUUAAAGUCACCACCAGUGAUGAUGAGCUUGAGGAUUUGUACAGAAGGAUAGACCAGACUCGGCCUGUUCCUUCACUGGAGGACAGCCAGUUUCAUUAUGGCUUCAACUCCUACUAUCUGCAGAAGGUGGUCUCAUACUGGAGAAAUGACUUUGACUGGAGUAGACAGGUGGACAAACUUAACCAAUACCCUCACUUCAAAACCAACAUCGAAGGCAUUGAUAUCCAUUACCUGCAUGUGAAGCCCAAAAAGGUGCCAGAAGGGACUACUGCUAUCCCUCUGAUAAUGGUCCAUGGCUGGCCUGGCUCCUUCUAUGAGUUCUAUGGGCUGAUCCCUCUGCUGACAGAACCAUCAGACCCAGGUGACCUUGUGUUUGAAGUGGUGUGUCCCUCCAUACCAGGGUACGGUUUUUCUGAAGCACCUCAUAAGAAAGGUUUUGAUUCAGUUUGUGCAGCACGUGUCUUUCACAAACUGAUGAAGCGCCUGGGCUUCCAGCAGUUCUAUGCUCAUGGAGGAGACUGGGGCUGGCUUAUCACCACCAACAUGGCACAGCUUGAACCCAAGACAGUCAAAGGCUUGCAUGUGAACUUUGCCCCUCCCUCCAAGCCAGGGUUGCCCAUGGCUUUAUCCAUCAUGCUCGGCCAUCGCUUUCCAAAGCUGUUUGACUUCACUGACUUUGAUAUUCAGCGUCUCUUCCCUGCCAUGGAGAAACUGGUGGUCGAGACUGUGAAAGAGUCUGGCUACAUGCAUAUCCAGGCCACCAAGCCUGACACCGUGGGUCGAGGACUCAAUGAUUCUCCAGUGGGACUGGCUACAUACAUCCUGGAGAAGUUCUCCACGUGGACAAGUCGCGAAUUCAGGAGCCUGGAGGACGGAGGACUCACCAGGAAGUUCUUACUGGAUGAUCUGCUAACGAAUGUGAUGAUCUAUUGGACAUCCGGCUGUAUCAUCUCCUCCAUGAGGUUCUAUAAGGAAAACUUUGGAAAAGGCCUCAACCAGCCCCACUCUAAGAUACCAGUGUAUGUCCCCACUGGCUUUGCCUGCUUCCCCAAUGAGCUCAUGCACACACCCAAACUGUGGGUCAAACAGAAAUACCAGAGACUCCUGACCUUCACGCCCAUGGCCCGAGGUGGCCAUUUUGCUGCCAUGGAGGAGCCCCAGCUGAUGUCUGAGGAUAUCCAGAACUUCACUAAGAUAGUGGAGAAGAAGAAGAAAUAGUAGAAAGUGGACUGUGUCUCUAAAAGAUGCAAAUCAAUAAUAUAUAUGGACAAAAUAAUUCCUGAUCAGACCUCAUGAUUAAGUCCUCUGCAAUAUUAAUUCUUAAAAUAUCAGUUUGAAACUUAUGCGACAAUCAGUUCAAAAUGUACACGUCAUAUCACCACAUAAUGACCAUAUAUAGUCUCAUACUACAGUAACGAUAUGAUAUUUAUAUAAUGCCAAGCUCUACGGUGUAUAUACAACAUUUUUUCAAUUAACAUAUAUGAAGGACACUUUGUUUGUACUUGUUCAGGUCCAGUGUAAGUGACAGAAAAGUACAAUAGUGAAUUGCAAAAAAAACUUUCUUCCAGUGUGAAGGUUGCAUCACAAUGUGUUGUCAGGUGAAGAGCUGAAAAGGGCUGGAGAUGUUGUGCUGUGGGCUUGAUUACUGACCACAUCAGUAGUCCCUAACACAUCCACAGCUAAAGCUGUCAGUGCAGUUUAAAGUCAGGAACCAGCAUCCAGUCUGUCUCCUGCUGCCUGCCUCAGAGCUCCCCUCAGCCUUGUAGUGGUGCUUUCUGUGCAGCUGCAGAUAGGAGGUCAGGGGGGCACUUGUUGUUAUUGUGUUGACGGCCUAAACAAGGUGCCAGGCAUUCCUCCGACUGAUAGCAAGAAACCUCAUUAUAUCAGCCACUGCCACGUUACUGAAAUUGGGUUUAAAUUCACUCAUUCCAAACUCAUUUUAGAAGUUCAAAGCUUCUAUGAAGUCAGAUUUCCUUCAUGUAUUGCACGGCUAAAAUUGAACACUGUUGUUACAUCCACAUCAACAUUUUUUUCUUUUUGCCAUGCUUGUAUCAGCUUACAUUUUGUCUUAUUGUUUAACUUUGCCACAACUAGAAGUUACAUUAGUUGAUGUAAAUCUUUGUCAGUCUUAAAGUUGAAUGUCUUCAGAAGGUUUCUGAUAUUCAGUACUUUGAUAUGUUAAGAAGCACGAGAGCCUAACAUGACAGUAACAGACCUAAACAGCUGAGCUGUUAUCAGUGCUCAUCAUUUUGAUUCGGAAGAGGCUAAUUACAAUCUGUGCUGCCGUUUGACAAGGUGAUUACUUUAAUGAAGAAAUGUAUUUGGUUUAAUUGAAAAUGGUGAGAAGAUGAGCACCAAGGAAUAUGAGCAUGCAGAAUGUAAACCUCUGGUUAUGCCAUGGAUAUGUAUAUGUUCAGUCAUCUUCUGUCAUUUCCUUUUUGAACUACGCAGUUUAGAACGAAUUGCAGUGUAUGCUACCAUUCCAUGAUGACCACAGUGACUUAUUGUGUCUCGGAUCAUGAUGCAAUGUUCUAUUUUUACCAAAUAAAACUGACAUUGACUAGA